AUGGAAGCUGGAUGGCAGAGCGAUGGCUAUCAAAGAACCGGUUGCUAUAACCCUGAAUGUCCUGGAUUUGUGCAAACCAGCAAUAAGUUGGGUCUCGGCGGGAAGAUAGAACCUGUUUCCACCUAUGCAGGACAACCAAAGUGGAAACUAGUGGCUGAGGAUACAGGAAAUAGAUUUAGGUUACUGGCCAGGUACAUGAAUGAGUCUGAAGCUAUAAAAGAUGCUGAAAAUGUUCUUCCAAAUGUGACAAAUCCUGAAUGCUAUGAUUUACAAAUGGGAAACCUCAACAACUUUGGUACCCAUUUCUUUUAUGAUGGCCCUGGAUAUUCUGACAAGCUAUCAAGAAAUGCUAGGUCUGGGCAAUAUUUCAACAUCAAUGUGAACAUGAAAGCUACUUCUAAGAUUGCAGAGUAUUCAAAGCACUCAGGUGUCUGA